CACACACACACACCUACCGCCAAGUGUAAUGCGCGUUUAGAAAAAGAAGAAGAAAAAGGCACCACCUUUGCCCGCUGCCCACGAGAAAUCGGAGAGAGAGAUGGCGACGCGGAUGCCAACGGCGGCGGCGGCGGCGGCGGCGGUGGCCAUGGUGGUGGCGAUGGUGGCCUCGCUGGCGGCGGCGCAGUCGCCAAGCACGCCGAGCUGCGCGGCGAAGCUGGUGCCGUGCGCGCAGUACAUGAACGGGACGGACACGCCGCCGGCCGCCUGCUGCGACCCGCUCAAGGAGGCGGUGAAGAGCGAGCUCAAGUGCCUCUGCGACCUCUACGCCUCGCCGGAGAUCUUCAAAGCCUUCAACAUCAACAUCACCGACGCCCUCCGCCUCUCCAAGCGCUGCGGCAUCAGCGAGACCACCAGCAUGUGCCCCGGAAAUUCUCCCACGAACUCUCCUCCAGGUAGCAAAAACGCCGGCCAUCGCACUGUGUCAGCUGGUCUUCCUGGACUGAUGAGCUUGUUCCUAGCCUUGUGGUCUGUAUUGGCAUAAGAAAUUUUGGUUCCACCAACCACCAGAGAUGCUGUUCGUCAUCCUGCAGUAGAGGAUUUCGCAUGAUGCAUGUACGGUGUUGUUUGCUUGGUGAUGUUACUCAUCGUGUGCUUGAUGAGGAAUCGUUUUGCUGUGUAUCAAUGUCGCAGUGUCUGUAGUAGAGUUGCUUCCUGUUCCUGGAGCCUGAAUAUUCCCUCGCUGUUUUCUUCGUUGUGUUGUGCUGCUGUACUUAGAACUGGCCUGAUCAAAGCAUAUUAAUGGAUGAAUUGUUAUCUUCUAAUCAA